CACAAAUCUAAGCAACGAAGGCGCGUAUGGAGAGAGGCGCCAUACCCAAAGUGGCCGUCUUCCUCACCGCCUUCCUGCUCGUCUGUCUGACCUGCGUCAUCGUCUCCCUGAACGAGAUGCAGCUCCAGCGAAUCAUGACCGCCAGCCAUUUCUCCUUCGCCACCCAGAUCUCCAUCAACGCCAGCGCAGCCGCCGCCGACGGCUCCUCCCCAGCACCAUCUCCGCCACCCCCUGCCUUCCGUCUCCUGAUCGGAAUCCUCACCCUCCCCGACCACUACCAACGCCGCAACAUCAUCCGCCUCGUCUACGGCUCCCAGAAACCGAAGAUCUCCCAAAUCGACGUCAAGUUCGUUUUCUGCAACCUCACCAAGGAAGAGCAGAGGGUGCUGGUGGCGCUGGAGAUCAUGCGCUUCGAUGACAUCAUCAUCCUCAACUGCCAGGAGAACAUGAACAGCGGCAAGACCUUCACCUUCUUCUCGAGUCUGCCGGGCAUGCUCGGAUCCCCCGCCGGGUCGAGGCCGCCGCCCUACGACUACAUCAUGAAGGCCGACGACGACAUAUUUUUCCGGCUGAACCGGCUGGAGGAAUCCCUCGUGGACAAGCCCCGGGAAGACAUGUACUACGGAUUUGUCAUACCCUGCGACAGUAUGGACCCUUUCGAUAAGUACAUGUCCGGCAUGGGAUACAUCUUGUCGUGGGACCUGGUGGAGUUCGUCACCAACUCCAGCUUCGCCCGGAACCACACCGCCGGACCGGAAGACAUGAUGACCGGAGAAUGGCUGAGUGCCGGCCGCGUCGCCAAGCACCGGUACAACAACAAGCCGGCGAUGUACGACUACCCGAUCCCGGUGCCGAUAGACUCGUGCUCGCACGAUUUCAUCCCGGACACCAUCGCCGUUCACCGGCUCAAGGACCACGCCAAAUGGGUCCGCACCCUCAAAUACUUCAACUUCACCAACAACCUCAAGCCAUCGAAGCUUUACCACAUUCCAUGAGCAAGUGUCCGUUUAUUUUUUCUUUAUUCAAUUCUGUUUUAAUCCAAUUGGGCACAUCCCGAUCCCGGUGUGAGUAUUUGUACAUUCAGGCCGAUCUAUACUUUUCCGGUAGAAACUCUCCAAUUUCAGGUGUUUCUUGGCAGUAGAUCGAAGGGAUGGUCCGGUGGU